AUGCCAGGCAAUUCGAAAAAAAGAAAUAGAAGAUUGAGUAAUGAUGCACAAUGGUGUCUAAACAAUCAAACUACGCUGUCUUUAAAACCAUUCGCAGAGCACUUUGGAUUGUUAGAACGCCAAUACACCAAUGCCAGAUACAAAAACAUUAUUACAAAAUAUAUCCCUGGCUCCAAUCAGCUUUUAAAUGAGUACAGUAGUUGGAAUAAUUCAGAAGAAUGCAAAUUAUUUUGGACAGCCAGGCAAAGAAAGAAAAAUAAAUUAAAUGCUAAGGCUGCUGUUGUUGAUUACUUGGGUGAUGUAAUCCGUUGUGAAACAAGUCGCUUAACUCAAGCAAAUAUACCACCCAUUCACGUCUAUAGUAGCGAUAUAAUUCAAGCUGAAGGAGGAGAUGAAGGAGCCUCUGGUUUAGAUGUCACUGAAAAUAAAAAUCAUAUUACUUCUUUCAAUGAGGACGAAAAUCUGUCGCGUUUUGAAAAAAGCCAGAAUAAAAACAUAUAUAGUUUAUUCAGUGAUUAUAAAGAGAAAGCGAUGCAGAUGUCAGCCGACAAACUUUUGAAGAUAGAAACUCACCUUCAUGAGCUGUUAUCUCACACAAACAUCCUCCUUUUGACUCCACAUCAACACAGUGAAACUCUUUUGGAGGUUUUCUCUGAAACAACAUUGAAUUCUUUGCGUUGA